AUGGAGAUGAAUAGUUUAAAACGAGGAAUUCAAAUUCAUUCGUAUAAUUCGUCAGUGUCCGUAAAUUAUUCAGUAGUGGUUUUAUCAGGUGAAUCGAGGAUCGCAUUAAAUGAACGUUAUCUAUGUGCACAAAUAUGGUCGUCGAAUUCGAAAUUAGAAUACGAUUUAGGUGGAAAUGAAUUCGAAGAUCUUACUGCAAAUAAUAUUACUGCCAAAUUUUAUUAUAGUGAUUUAUCAUUUUAUCUUAAAGCCUUAAACAUUAAUAUAUAUUUGAACCGUUCAAGCAAUGCACAUUCAUCAAUCGCAUUAACUGCCAGUAAUAAUCUUUCACUAUAUUUAUCUGCUCUAAAUACUCAAAUUGAGGCACUAAAUAGCGAUUUAAUGGAAAUAACAGGAAGAACGUGGAGCUUAUCGUUGAUUCCACGAAUUAGUAUCGUAUAUAACUCUUCAAAUUCUAUUAUUUCUCAAGUCUAUAUUAAUUCAAUUUCUAAUGAUCACAAUGUUAUCAUUAAACUUAAUUCUGCCAAAGUUAGAUUACGAUAUGGCCAAAUUUAUAUAGAAUUAUCAAAUAUUUAUCAGUCAUUAAACAAAAUCAUAUCGAAAUCACACGAAAUUUCUAUAAGAACAGUCGCACCAUUAGAUAUAAUUAUCACGAACACUACAUUGCUGAUUCGGUGUAUUGAUGAAGGCGUUAUGAUUAAAAAUAUUCUUAAUGAUUCGAAUAUUAAUAUUGAAGUUGAUAAAUAUGCGGUAACGACAAUCAAUCGCAAUAAUGGUGAAUUCUUCAUCGAAAAUGAAAAACGAUAUCGAGUAAUAUCGAGUGAUAUCUUAAUGAGGUCCAUGGAACUAUUACUAACGCUAUCAUCCAGAAAUAUUCAUUCCAUUCAUGCAUCUGCCAAUGAAUCGCAGUUGAUUUUUACAGUUAAUACAGCUAAGAUGACGGCAGAUGCUAAGCAACACGUAUUUGAUAUUAUUGGUGGUACAACGAAUUUUAAUAUUUCAACAGAGAAUAUUUUAAUCAUUGUUGCUACAAGAAAUGAAUCGGUACCAUUGCCAUCAAUGCUAUCAGUUGAUGAUAUCGAAAUCACCGAAUUUGGAUCUUACAAUACAAACAAUUAUGAGAAUGUUCUUCCGCUUGAACCGAAGUCUAGUAUAUCAUAUUUCAAUUAUACUCGUGAAUCUAUUCGUCCUUCGACAACUCCAAAAACUUCAUCUUAUUUCUUUUCCUCAAAAUCUUCCACUCAGCAGAUGAAUUUUUCUUUUUCAACAUUGUUACCACCAUCAUUAAGUGAAAAUAUCGACGCAAAUGCUGAAAUCCAUGAAUAUACAACUAAUUUGACUGAAUCAAAAGUUAAAUUAUGGUGCGAAUGUACUUAUUCACCCCAUUCAGCAAAUAUUAAUUCCAACUAUAUAUUAAAAUCUAACAUGGAAUCAACUUCAACGGCUUCUGCCAUUUAUGUUAGUGAUUCUUAUAGAUCAAGCGCUAUUAACAUUUCGACCACUAUUCCAGCAAAAAUAGAUCAGAAUGGUACUACGACUAGCGUUGAAAAUAUACUACAGAUUUCCAGUACACCAUAUAAAACUAUACCGACAUCAAAAUCGAUCGUCUCUAAUAACAUUUUCUCUGUUUCCACAUCAUUUAAUGAUACUAGCCAAUUUUUCAAAAAUCAUAGUGGUUCUCAUGAUAUGGAUGAUAGUAAUGCAACAGUUCCAAUUAACUCAACAUUCAUGAAUCCAGAACUAAAUUAUUUCGCAUCUGGUCAAGCAUUUAUGAAUUUUACCGAUGAUACUAAUAUUAUUCAAUUAACAGCAGAUACGGAGAUAACGAAUGCAGAAGAAACACCAUUUCAUAUAAACGAUAGCAUAUUUUCACCGGAUACUCUUACGACUUUUACGACACAUAAUUUUGUCACAACUGUAUUGCCACCUCUCUUUUCUGGUGCACCAUCGAUUGUGAAUAUAUCGGACGGUCCAUUGGAACCUGUUUUCAUUAGUAUUGGAAAAAUUACAGGUUCGCUUUUAUUAGCAUAUACGAACGAUACGGAAUUAAUAUCAUCACAACUUUAUUCAUCGUCUUAUAUUCCAAUGAAUUCAAGCAGUAUUCUCGCCGUAGUAACGGAUACUUCUGAUAAUAUUACUAAACAAUCAGUAAAAACGGCCAAGUCGAGUUCAUUUCCAAGCAAAAUUUCAGUGGCGGAUGAUAAAUUCGUUAUCGGACAAUUCGAUUAUGAUAGUUUAAUGCAAUUAAACAAAUCGAUUCAAGCGAAGAUUGGUACUCCAGAUCUAUCAUUAUCAGUCGACGAUAAUUCAAUAAUAGAGGAUAUAGAGAAUGUUUGGUUCGGAAAGAAUUUUAGUGGCAAAUUGGAACAGAGAAACAAUUCAUCGAUGCUUCGUCUACAAGCAGUUUCUCAAUUACUCAACAAUAAUAUCAACAGCGAUCAUCCUAAUGAUUAUUAUUUAGAUAAUAAUGGCAAUCACAUUUUUCAAAUUAGAUUCCAGAUUCCACAUUCAAAAUCUAUAAUUCAUAAACAAUUCAAGCGUGACAUAUCGAUGAAAAUUAAUAGAAUUUUGCAAAAAAUAUAUUUAACAGAAGAUCACUCGACGGUCAAUAGCAGUGAAAAUUUCCCGCAUGCACAGAUUUCCGUAAUAUAA